GUCAGUGUCUAUAGACUAUACUCUAUGUCAAAAUUACAAGUUCUUUCUAUCAAAAAUAGUACCGCCACAUGUCACUAUUCAGCAUUUUGUGAAUUUUUCGUAUUUAUUUCGUAAAUUUAAUAAAGCUUUGAAGAUGAAACCUCUGAUGCUGCAAGGGCACGAGCGUGCUAUAACCCAAAUCAAGUAUAAUCGCGAAGGAGACUUGCUCUUCUCCGUAGCCAAGGACUCUAAGCCCAAUGUUUGGUGGUCAUUAAAUGGAGAACGUCUGGGUACAUUCAAUGGGCAUGGUGGUGUCGUUUGGUGUCUUGAUGUUGACUGGGAAUCUAUACAUCUUAUCACCGGCGGUGGUGAUAGUUCUUGCAGGUUAUGGGAUUUAGAAACCGGUAAAAAUAUAGCAACAAUCAAAACAAACUCUUCUGUAAGGACAUGCAACUUCAGUUUUAGUGCCUAUCAAGGUGCAUACACAACUGAUAAGGCUAUGGGACAUCCUUGUGAGGUCUUCAUAAUAGAUACAAGGACAAUUGAUGACUCCCUAUCAACCCAAGCCCCAAUCUUAAAGUGGGAAAUUACAGAUUCAAAAGUUACAUCAAUGUUGUGGGGCACUUUGGAUGAGACUAUCAUUACUGGUCAUGAAGCUGGAGAUUUGAUUCAAUGGGAUUUAAGGACUGGCAAAAAAUUACAUUCAAUCAAGGAGCAUACACAUCAGAUCAAUGAUAUGCAGCUAUCUCGUGAUGGCACAAUGUUUAUUACUGCCUCGAAGGAUCAAACUGCCAAACUAUUUGACACUAGCUCACUCGAACUUCUCAAGGAAUACAAAACUGAACGACCAGUUAAUUCAGCAGCCCUGAGUCCAAUUUUGGACCAUGUUGUACUUGGUGGUGGACAGGAUGCAAUGGAAGUAACAACAACAUCAACUAGACAAGGAAAGUUCGAUGCCCGUUUCUUCCAUCUUGUCUUUGAAGAAGAGUUUGGUCGUGUCAAAGGUCACUUUGGACCAAUAAAUAGUUUGUCAUUCCACCCUGAUGGAAAGAGUUUUGCGUCUGGUGGUGAAGAUGGUUAUGUGCGUGUGCAGAGUUUUGAUCAAUCCUACUUCGAUUACACUUUCGAUUACAAUAGAGACUAGAAUUACAUCACAUUUUGUAAUAAAUAUUAUACAGUAUUGAUUGGAUUAACGCAAUUUAUAACUAAGUGAAUCUGAAAAGUUAAUAAAAGCCUACUUGAACUAUUAAAAGUGAAAAUAAUCUUCAAAUUAUAGAAACCUCAUUGUAAUUUACACAUAAUAAACAAUUAUCAUAAAA